AUGAGAAAGUGUAAAGUAUUUGUUGGUACCUCCCACCCAGAACUUGGGCAAUUAGUCUGUGAAAGGUUAGGUGUCAACCCAGCACCUGUUACUUUAAAGAAAUUCUCCAAUGGUGAAACAUCUGUUCAAAUUGGAGUUUCUAUCAGAGAUGAAGAUGUUUAUAUUAUUCAAAGUGGUUCACCAACCAUUAAUGAUCAUAUAAUGGAGUUAUUGAUCUUAAUAUCUGCUUGUAGAGGUGGAUCAGCCAACAAAAUUACUGCUGUUAUACCCCAAUUCCCAUAUUCUAAACAAUCAAAAAUGAAAAAACAUAGAGGAGCUAUUACGGCGAGAAUGUUAGCUAACUUAUUGAUUAUGGCUGGUGCCGAUCAUGUCGUUUCUAUGGAUUUACAUGCCAGUCAAAUGCAAGGAUUUUUUACCAAACCUGUUGAUAAUUUAUUGGGAGCUCCAACAUUAUCAAGAUGGAUUCGUCAUAAUAUCGAUGAUUGGGAAAAAGCUGUUGUAGUUUCAAAAAAUCCCGGUGGUACUAAAAGAGUUACUGCAUUAGCUGAUUCUUUGAAAAUCAAUUUUGCUAUGAUUCAUACCGAUAGAAGAAGAACUCAUGAUGAUUUCUCCAGUAAAAACAAGAAGAAAAUCUUAAGUAGUAAACAUAAAGUCAAAAGUGACGAUGAAGAAGAGGAAGACAACAUUGUUAGUGAAAUGCAAACCGCCAGAGUUGUACAAGGACAUGUUGUUGAUGAUGAUUAUAAAAAUGGUGUUGCUGAAAAACCAGCUCAACCUCAAACCCCUGAUAGAUCACAUUUAACUCAACCUUCAAUCAUUGAUUCCGAUGCCUUAGGAGGUUCUUAUGAUGCAGAAAAUUCUGAUGAUGAAGAUGAUUUAAAUUCAAGUGUGGUUGAAAAAUUAAUCACUUUAGUCGGUGAUGUUCAUGAUAAACCAGCUAUCAUAUUAGAUGAUAUGAUUGAUAAACCAAAUUCAUUUAUUGCAGCUGCUGAGCAUUUAAAAAGAAACUGUGGUGCAAAUGCGGUCUAUAUCUUAGGUACUCAUGGAGUUUUCAAUGACGAUUGUUUAGAAAUUUUAAAUGAUUGUGAUUGUAUUGAUAAAAUUGUUGUCACCAAUACUUACCCAAUCACCAAAGAAAGACUUACCAGAAAUAAAAAAUUAAUAGUUAUUGAUGUUUCCCCAAUUUUCGCUGAGUGUAUUAGAAGAGAUCAUUUUGGUGAAUCAAUUUCUGUAUUAUUUGAUUCUCUUGCUGCUAUUGAAUAG